CUUUCUUCCUAUAUAAAUACCGACUUAGUUAAUCGUCUUGUAAUAUAAUUACAUUUAAGAUCAAAAGAAAAAUUAAGAAUGAGAGGUAAAUAUCUUUCUUUACUAGUGGUGCUGAUUGUCUUGGCCUGUAACGAAGCCAUUGCCAAGAGCAGCUCUUCAACACCUAAACUGAAACGAAGUGAUUUCCCAAAAGAUUUUAUUUUUGGAUCUGCAACGUCUGCUUACCAGGUAGAAGGAGCAGCUCAUGAAGAUGGUAGAGGACCAAGUAUCUGGGAUACCUUCUCUGAAAAGUACCCAAAGAAGGUAAAAGAUGGUAGCAAUGGAUCUGUUGCAGACGACUCUUACCAUCUUUACAAGGAAGACGUGGCUUUAUUGCAUCAACUUGGUUUCAAUGCAUACAGAUUCUCAAUCUCGUGGUCUCGAAUCCUGCCACGUGGGAAUCUAAAAGGAGGAAUCAAUCAGGCUGGUAUUGACUAUUACAACAACCUAAUCAAUGAGCUUUUGUCCAGAGGAAUCAAGCCUUUUGCCACAAUUUUCCAUUGGGACACGCCGCAAGCCCUUGAAGAUGCUUAUGGUGGAUUCCGUGGCGCAGAGAUUGUGAAUGACUUCCGCGAUUAUGCGGAUAUUUGCUUUAAACAUUAUGGAGAUAGGGUGAAGCAUUGGAUGACACUGAACGAACCAUUGACAGUAGUGCAACAAGGGUAUGUUGCGGGUGUAAUGGCCCCAGGAAGAUGCUCCAAAUUUACUAACCCUAAUUGUACAGCCGGAGAUGGAUCCACCGAGCCUUAUAUCGUAGGUCACAACCUUAUCCUUGCUCACGGAGCAGCCGUCAGGGUCUACAGGAAAAAAUACAAGGCGUUACAAAAAGGUCAAGUCGGUAUUGCUUUGAACGCUGGUUGGAACUUGCCCUAUACAGAAUCAGCCAAGGAUAAGUUAGCCGCGGCACGCGCCAUGGCCUUCACAUUCGACUACUUCAUGGAGCCACUUGUGACCGGUAAAUACCCGGUCGACAUGGUCAACAAUGUGAAAGGCGGUCGCUUGCCUACAUUCACGGCAAAGCAAUCUAAGAUGCUUAAGGGCUCUUAUGAUUUCAUUGGCAUAAAUUAUUACUCUUCAUCAUACGCAAAGGAUGUCCCUUGCUCCACUGAAAACGUUACAAUGUUCUCUGAUCCUUGUGCAAGCGUCACAGGCGAAAGAAACGGAGUUCCCAUCGGUCCAAAGGCUGCCUCGGAUUGGCUUUUGAUAUAUCCGAAAGGAAUUCGUGAUCUUGUCCUCUAUGCAAAAUACAAGUUCAAGGAUCCUGUCAUGUACAUAACCGAAAACGGUAGAGAUGAAGCUAGUACCGGCAAAGUUUUCCUUAAAGACGGUGAUAGGAUUGAUUACUACGCUCGACAUCUCGAGAUGGUUAAAGAUGCUAUCUCUGUUGGAGCAAAUGUAAAGGGAUUUUUUGCUUGGUCGUUGCUAGACAAUUUCGAAUGGGCAAUGGGAUACACGGUUCGGUUCGGGCUGGUUUAUGUGGAUUUCAAGGAUGGAUGUAAGAGAUACCCAAAGAAAUCAGCUCAAUGGUUCAGAAAGUUGUUGAAUGGGAAGAAAAGCAUGUGAUGAGAUUAUGCAUUCCAUUUUAUCAACAUCUCUGUUAUUCUGAGAGAUUUACUAUUAUGUUUUUCUACUUUGCAAAUAAUAAGCAGUGGUUAUUUUA